AUGCCGAGGUUCAUUGAAAGUCGAACUUUUCAACUGCUUUGUAAUGUGCCAGCUGAAUAUUAUCGACUUGUGAAGGAAGCACUGUCGCUGAGACAGAAGAUCGUAGCAGCUAGACAGUCAAUCCACUUUCUCAACCGCUGCCUGCAUCAUAGUGUUACUCCCAACUUUAUUGGGCAGAAACGACUACACAAUCUGUGCGGGCUACCAGAGAACAGCCACCAAGUACGAGCAAUUCAACAACAACUCCUACGCAUUGUACUGAAGAAGAAGCGAGACGAAAUGUACGCAAUGAUAAAGAAGUGUACGUCGAAGGAGCAGUAUUGCGGUCAAUACUUGGAAGAUCGUCUCUGGAAGAGAAUAGUGGAUGGGUCGAUUUCGAUUUGCAAUUCUAUUCGAUCUAACCUCAAGAUAACUCUACAGAGAAAAUUCGAUUGCCUUUUGAGUAAAUCACGAAGCGACAAUGCACAACCACCAAAUGCUAUGACCCUUCCUGGCAGGAGUGAACGCGACACUAUUUGUAACGAGGGUGUCCUAUCAAAUGUUUCUCGAGUGACCGUGUUAGGAGGAUUCACACUCUCUGAGAAUGCGCGGUCGGUUUUGGAAUUGGGUCCUAGUUUUUCUCCAUCGCAGCCCAUCUCAACUGUAGUUUUGCGCAAGAUUACUUGUGCUCUACAUGAAGUUCAAGAUAGGCUCCGCAGAAAAGCUAAUUUUAGCAACAGGGAAAGAGACCAAAGAUCACUCAGAGAAAGUCUCGCGAUACCUUUCCCGUGUGUGUUCUUUAAACAACAAAUCGCUAACCCAGCUGUAGAUGCGAAAUUCCGGCUCUUUGCAAACGAUGUAUAUAAAACGGUAGCUCGAUUUCGUGAGAACAGAACUAAGUCUAACAUUUCUCUUGCACAAAAGCAAGGUAUUAAGGAAGUUCGAGAGUUGAUUAGUUCUAAACAAAUAAGGUUAUCCACAAGUGAUAAAGGUGGGGAGUUUGUGGUCAUUCCACACCAGCUGGAUAUUGCAAUAACAGAAAGACAUUUGCAAGAUAUCUCACUAUAUCGUUUAUCCUCCGUUAGUGAGUUCAUGAAGAAAUCUCGUUUUUUAAACGAGCAAUGGGUUAAGGUAGCAAAAUCCGCCGAGUUUCCUCCUUCUUUAAUUGCUCGCCUUAAGAUUGACCUGCCGACCUGUCCAGUGCUCUAUCUCCUUAUCAAGACGCACAAACUCCAGUCCAGCAGCGAUCUGGCUUCCACUGACCCUGCUACAUUCAAAGUAAGACCUAUAAUUAGUAGUGUAGGGGGUCCUACGGAUAGGAUAGGGUGGUUCUUAAACACAAUAUUUGCACAAGUAUUGAGCCAUAUACCUGCCCAUUUGACAAAUACCCGUAUGUUCCUAGACCACCUACGCACAGCACAACUGACAAGAGACUGUGUCAUGGAGUCUUUUGACGUCGAAGCCCUGUAUACGAAUGUAUCUAAUGACUCUGCGAUACAGGCUAUGUUCGAACUGCUGAAAGAAAACAUAAGAACCAUCAAUUUACACGGAUUGUCAAUCUCCCAAUUGAUGGUUCUUCUCAAGGCGUGCCUCGAUUGCAAUAUCUUUAGAUGGUCCGGGAAUUACUUUGCACAGCUUAGAGGUUUAGCUAUGGGGCAGAGAUUGGCUCCCACCUUAGCUAUUUCAUUUAUGGCCAAAAUUGAAGCACCUGUUCUGGAACUACGUCCAUUGUUCUACUCUCGGUACAUUGACGAUUGUUUUGUCAUUUGCGCCACCCAAGCGGAGAUGGACGAAUAUUUUGGCUUGUUGAACCGACAGUCCGAACACAUAAAACUUGCUAGGGAGAAACCACAGGAUAACUGGCUUCCUUUUCUGAACAUCCAGGUUUGCAUCUCAAACGGUACGUACCAAACGAAAUGGUAUCGUAAGCCGAGUAACAAAAACAUCUUGGUUCAUUUUCUUUCUGCUCAUCCAUUUCACAUGAAGAAAGCUGUGCUUAACAACAUGUUCCGCACGGCAAGAACUGUUUGUAGUGGACCUGAGGAGAGAAAGGAAUCAUUAACUUUGGCUCACGAAAUUGCUGUUUCGAAUGGUUAUGAAGUCCGAACGUCUGAAACGAGACGAUACCGAAGUGAACGAGCACGGCAAGUGGAAAACCCCACCACAGAUAAGAUACCUCUUUGCUUUCCUUACAUCUCCGAUGAAGUGAGCGCUGCCAUUAGGCGGUGUCUGAGGAGAGCAGACUUGGAUAGCUCCGUUUCGGUCGUUGAAAUACCACCGAACAAUUUGAAACAUCAAUUAGUUCGGAAUCGUUUAUACGAUACCAUCUGUACAACACCGAACUGUAUUAUUUGUCCCACAGGUAGAUCAGGAGACUGCUUGAGAUCCGGGGUAAUCUACCUGAUUUCUUGCACGAACUGUGGCGACGAGUAUAUCGGUGAAACGGCACGACCGCUGUAUGUCCGCAUCAAAGAGCACUUGAGCGGCAAGAAUAGGUUACGAGGAUGGACACCUUUAGGUGCCCAUAGAACACAAAAACACGACGGAGCCGAUUUUGAAAUUAGGGUCCAAAUCUUAGCGCACGAAACUAAAACGUUGGCUCGAAAAUCGCUGGAGGCAUUUUGGAUCCAAGCCAAAAAUCCUAAAAUGAACCGCAAGGGUGAAUGUCUGUCGAUAACGCGGGAACUCGCGCCAUAUCUCGAAUGGUUUGUGCGAUCCGAAUGUGACAUUCGAACCAUUCGCCCUCGUGAUCGAUCAGUCAGCGGUCCAUGCUAG